CUUCUCUGAUUAUUUUUUUCUAAUCUUAAAUUUUAUAAGUUUCAUAUUUCAUCAAGAAACAUGAAAAUUAACAACCCCUUAUCAUCAUUUUUCCUAAUUUUAUUUUUUUCAAUUCUUUUCGAUUUAUGCAUAGCUAAUGAUGUUAUGUUACACAAUGUUGUAAACUUUGGUGCAAAACCAAAUGGCAAAAUUGACUCAUCAAAUGCAUUUUUAACUGCAUGGGAUUUAGCUUGUGGCUCUACAAAACCAUCUACAAUUUAUGUACCAAGAGGGAAUUUUUUAGUUAAACAAGUACAUUUUAGAGGAAAAUGUAAUAAUAGUGAGAUUAUUUUUCGUAUCGAUGGGACUCUCGUAGCGCCUUUUGAUUAUAAUGUGAUUGGAAAUGAGAAAAAUUGGAUUUUUUUUCAAGGUGUUGAUGGAGUUUCUAUUGUUGGUGGUAGUCUUGAUGGUCAAGGAUCUGGUUUAUGGACUUGCAAAGCCUCCGAAAAGAACUGCCCAAGUGGUGCCACGACUUUGGGAUUUUCCAACUCUAACAAUGUAGCGAUAACGGGGCUAACUUCAUUGAACAGUCAAAUGUUUCACAUUGUCAUCAAUGGGUGCAAAAAUGUGAAGUUGCAGGAUGUCAAGGUUUAUGCACCGGGAAAAAGCCCGAAUACUGAUGGCAUUCAUGUUCAAUUAUCAUCAGACAUCUCAAUCUUGGACUCGAUAAUCAGUACUGGAGAUGAUUGUGUAUCCAUCGGUCCAGGAACUAGUAAUUUGUGGAUCCAGAAUAUCGCUUGUGGCCCUGGCCACGGAAUCAGCAUUGGGAGUUUAGGCAAGGAUUUCGAAGAAGCAGGUGUGCGGAAUGUGACAGUAAGAUCAGUUAUAUUCAAGGACACACAAAAUGGUGUGAGGAUCAAAACAUGGGGUAGACCAAGUACUGGUUUUGUCAACAAUGUACUUUUCCAACACGUUACGAUGAUUGAUGUUGAAAAUCCAAUUGUUAUCGAUCAAAAUUACUGCCCGAAUAACAAAAAUUGUCCGGGACAGGUCUCUGGUGUGAAAGUAAGUGAUGUUACAUAUCAAGACAUACAUGGAAGUUCAGCAACACGAGUCGCGAUGAAAUUUGAUUGCAGUAAGAGAAAUCCAUGCAGAGGAAUAAAACUGGAAGACGUAAAUAUUACAUAUAAGAAUGAACCAGCUGCUCAAGCUUCUUGUGCUAAUGUUGCAGGUACAACUACUGGUAUAAUUCAACCUACUAGUUGUUUGUAAGGGCAAAUUGCAGAACAUUGUUAUUUUUACAUUGUCGAAACUAGAAGUUCUUGCUUGAGCCUUUGGCGCGAUUUGAAUCGCCCAUUCAAAAAAAUUGUUUAGCUAGCUUUGUCAUUUUACUUUCUUGAAAUUAGUACUGUUUGCUUGAGCCUAUGGCGCGAUUUGAAUCGCCUGGUCU